AUGGCAUCAGCUUCGAUCGCGAACGCAGCAGCGGUCCACGCCCUCGUCGCACGCCUCGAAGACCAAGUGCUGAAAGAGUACUCGAACGUAUCGCACAACCUCGACGAGGUGCGGCGCGCGUAUCCGUUUCGUAUCCGGUCCCGAAGGCUCACGUGCACGUCCUAACCCCCAUCCUAUGCUGCAGAUGUCCACGGUGCUACAGAGGCUCUCGUCGAUGCAACCCUAUAUGCUGAACCAACUCCGACCACUUGAACGGAAGCUCGGCCUCGUGUUGACGCUCUUCAAAGGCACGUGCCCCACCUCUUUGGUCCAUCGGUCACGUCGAAGCGCGUCGAGCAAAGCGGCACGGCACGUCAGAACCCGCACCUUGUACUGACCGACGGUAUGUCACGCGUCGCGUGUGUGUACAGGUGCCGUGUGGGCGUUGUUGGUCAAACGCGACGAAGAAGAUGGCGGAGAAGUGGAUGAUGGGCGAUAG